UUCUUUUCUUUUUAUAAUUUUUGUUUAACACUGAAAACAGUUUUUGCUUUUUGUCGCAACAAAGGAACGUACGAUUUAACGCCUGGCGUCGAUGAAGAGGAUCUCCUUUAAAGGGACAAUUCCAACUUUUCCCCCCUUUGGGUCACGCUUUAACUUUGAGAAACAGUUGCUGCCAUGGCGAAAAAGUACGAUUUCCUUUUCAAACUGCUGCUGAUCGGGGACAGCGGAGUGGGGAAAACAUGUCUCAUCAUCCGAUUUGCUGAGGACAAUUUCAACUCCACUUAUAUUUCAACCAUCGGCAUUGACUUUAAAGUAAAAACCAUUGAAGUGGAUGGAAAGAAAGUGAAACUCCAAGUCUGGGACACAGCAGGGCAGGAGAGGUUCAAGACCAUUACAACGGCCUACUACAGAGGAGCCAUGGGCAUCAUCCUCGUCUAUGACAUCACAGACGAGAAGUCCUACGAAAACAUUCAGAACUGGAUGAAGAGCAUCAGAGAAAAUGCAUCGGCCGGGGUCAGUCGAAUGUUGCUAGGUAAUAAGUGUGACAUCGAGGCAAAGCGCAAGGUUUCCAAGGAGACGGGAGAAAAGCUGGCUAAAGAUCACGGCAUCAUGUUCUUUGAGACGAGUGCAAAGUCCAGCAUUAAUGUUGAGGAGUCUUUUCUGUCUUUGGCUCGUGACAUACUACAGAAAAACAGCAAGAAAUCAGGACCCACGGGCCGAGAAGUGAAAAUCACCAGCAGUACAGAGAAGAAGUCUUCCAAGUGUGCUCUCCUCUAGAUGUGACACUGGUGCAUACACAGAGCAAAGUGCAACACAGAUUUAAGAGAACAUCAGCAUUGCAGAAGGAACACAGUACAACAUGGUUUCUGUCUCCAUCUGGUGGGCUCCGUGUCAAAUACAUGCAUCUGCAAAAAAAAAAACAAAAAAAAAAACAAGUGUUAUAUCUUAAGUGUUGACACUUUUGUUUCCCAAGAAAAUGCCAGGAGAAAUAUAAUUUAUGGAUUAUUCUUGUGGGAUAGUGUAUUUCACAAUGAAUAUGUUUUCUGCAACAUCUACUGUGUUCGCAUUAAUGUUACAAGAGCUGGUCAGGUAUGCAAAUCUCCACCAUGUUGAGUACAGUUUGUAUUACUCCAGCUUAUCACCACAGUAUAAACCCUGCAGCAGCACUGUCUAGUGGUUUUUAUAGAACCUUUGUAGAAAAUCACACCUCUGCUUAUAGUAGAGCCAUUCCAGGCAUUUCUAAUGUGUGAGCAUUUGCAGUAUAAUAGAGGAAGAGGUUGCCAUAAAAAAACAUUUCAUAUUAAUUGUGCUCCCGGUUUGUGCAUCGCAGUGAUUCAGUAGACGGGGAAUUCAUUGAAGUCGAGUCAUUACGUGUUUUGGUGAGGAACGCACUCUCAUUUCCUGCAGUGACACAUAACAAACCGUGCAACGUCACAGAGAGGUCAUAUGUCGAUAGACAUAUAUAAAUGUAUCCCUGUGAAAACCGAUCAUACUGUAUAUGUUUUAAUAGUGUGCGUCAUCAAAAUGCAUUCCACAGAAUAUACAGUAGAUACCGUGACAGGUUACCACCAUGACAUAAACGUUCCCUUUGUGCCGAAUAUGAGAAAAUGGAAACCUGCUCUUUGUGUUAAUGACUUGCUGUUUGUUCAAACCGAAACAAACAGGCGUUUCCUUUUAAUAGAUGGAUGAUUGACAAUGUGGACGAUGGUCAGUGAGAUAAGUGCAAUAUGAGAGGGUGAGUGGAGAGAUAAAAGAAUGAUGGACAAAGCAAGUGAAUGGACAGGAUGUGGGGGCCUGGGAGGCGGCACUGCUCCCAUGUCCCUCAUUUUGAAUUGAUUUAGUGGCUCUUGCCUUUUAUCUGAAGUGCCUGUUAUAUCUCUUACAAACACCACCGCACGACAUCUGACUUGACAGUGUCCCUGUGUUCAGGCAUUGUUGUUUUUGUUUUUUUCAGGGCACUGACGACGACUGUGAUUACUUGUGCUCCUCUAAUCCUGACAGUUUCUGCUCCGACACACUGUUACUCUCACAUUCUGUGUCUUUUUAACGCUGCCAUUAGACUUUGUAUGGAGACUGCAGACGUGCUGCUUGCUGAAUUAAAAUGCAAAAUUGUAGACCA